AUGCUUAAUGGUGAAGAGAGCAUUGAGAACGUAAACAGUGUCAGUGCCGAGCGUGACGGAAUGGCACUGUCACAUUAUGAAAACAUCGAUGCUAUUGACUUAGAUAUGCUUAAUGGUGAAGAGAGCACUGAGAACGUAAACAGUGUCAGUGCCGAGCGUGACGGAAUGGCACUGUCACAUUAUGAAAACAUCGAUGCUACUGACUUAGGUAGCUGUUUGAUGGGCUGCCUGACUAUAUGA